GCGGCUCGCUGCUCCCUGGGGAAGACCCUGGAGCUGUCAGGCUGUGAGAAUAGAAGGGCCGUUAACACUCGCCGUCCAGGGCAGCCUGUAGAGUCAGAGUUGAGGGGGUAGGAGCCUGGGUCCCGUCCGCAGCGCCCUGAAGGCGAGAUCCCCAGUCACCGCACCUUCACCCAGGGGAGGGGUCCCGGUGGCCUCCCACAAGGGUUUCAGGCUAAGAGGGGCCCUGCGUGACGUCCUGCUAAUAAGAGAAGGAUGGUCUUGCGGUGAAGGUCUUGGGUGAUUUGGAUUCAUUCCUGGCUCCACCACCGUCUUCCCGUGGGACCUUGGUUGUUGCAGUAUGACCUUGCACUAACCCUUUGGGAAGAAGCAAGACUUCAUCAGACGUUACCCAUGUGCAUUCUUUUCUUGAAGUUUGAUCCUCGUCCAGUUUCAAAAAAUGCAUACAGACUUAUCCUAGCAGCUAAUAGGGAUGAAUUUUACAACAGACCAUCAAAAUCAGCAGACUUUUGGGACAGCAGCAAUGAAAUCCUUAGCGGUUUGGAUAUGGAGGAAGGAAAGGAAGGCGGGACAUGGCUUGGAAUCAGUAAGAAAGGCAAGAUGGCUGCCUUGACAAACUACUUGCAGCCAAAGAUUGAUAAAAAUGCAAAGGGAAGAGGUGCACUUGUAAGAAACUUCUUGACUAUGGAUCUGGACAGCUUCUCUUACUUGAAGAAAGUUUCAUUAGAGGGACACCUUUACAAUGGAUUUAAUUUAAUAGCAGCUGACUUGAGCACCACCAAUGGAGAUGUAAUUUGCUACUAUGGAAACAAAGGAGAAUCGGAACCUAUCUUCCUAAAUGCUGGAAUCUAUGGAUUGAGUAAUUCUCUGCUGGAUACUCCAUGGAAGAAACUUCAGUAUGGAAAGCAGCUUUUCACAGAGGUGAUCAAGCAAAGUGAGGACGUUGCCAAAGAAGACCUAGUACAGGAGCUCAUUAAAGUGCUGAAUAAUCAAGACCCUCAGCUACCAGAUCCCGCAAUGGAGGAUCAAGGAAAGGAACAUGUACAACCUGUAUUGACUGAAUAUGCAGCUGUGUGUGUUCGUUGCCCGGGAUAUGGAACAAGGACUAACACAGUCAUUCUCACUGAUGUGGAAGGACAUGUUACUUUCACAGAGCGCACCAUGCUCAAUGCAGAUAUCAACCAAUGGAAAACAAGCACCUAUCAGUUCGAACUGCAGAUUUAACAACUUUCCAUUUGAAUGGAUCAUGAUAAAAGAAACGAGAACAAGCCAUUGAACUCCACUGAAGGCUUUGUAUCCGCCUCCAGCAUCCUGAGAUGGAGCGGAAAAGCUUAUUAAAUCCAUAGCAUACCCUAGCAACUACUAAAACCUUUUGCACAAAACCAAGGGAAGAAAGUUUUUUACAGUAAAAGUUUGGCUGGAUUAAAAAUGUUUCUUUUUGUGCAAGUCUUUAUUUUUCUAGGCAUGAUUUUUAAACUGUGUCCCUUGAAACUUAAAAUAAACUAUGUUGUUAAUAUCUAGGGGAUUGAUCCUGCAAGGUAUUGAGUGCUUCUUACGAGGUGCUAACUGCCCCUAUUUCCUUUUGAUUUCAAUCAGAGCUGAAGGUAUGCAGCGCCUUGGAAGAUCAAGUUCUAAGUUAUUAAAGUUCAAAGAUUUUCAGAAUAUAACUUAAACCUUCAGAAUCAAUCAUGAUAACUUUUCACACUUCACUCAGCUUGACCAAAGACAAACUAGUCAGGUACACAUUUAUUUAUGGUUGAUUUCUAGUCACUUUGUCAACUGACAUAAUUAUGUAAUGUGACUUCUGGAAAUGAUCCCUGGGAAUGGUGGUUAUGUGAAUUAUUAAAAAAAAUUCCAUUGGAAUUUUACA